AUGGACGAAGCUGCCGAUUUGGUCGCAGAGCUGUUGCCACACAGGCCACCAGGUGAGGUGGCUGCAAUGGCCCGGGGCCUGGGCGCAUGGAAGCGUCGAGGAGAAAUGGCUCCGAGCUUGGCUAAGCAAUUGAGUGAUGGGCUGUCUUCACAAUCAUCUGCAGGGUACAAAGGUCGUCCGGAUCCCGGGGCCAUCUUUACUGCACUUGUGGAAAGCAGUCCUGCCAUCGCACUGGAAGGCUUGAAGCGAUCUAUCAAAGCUCGACGGCUAGCUCAAGCAGGGCGAGACGAACGGGAGAAAGAGGCUCGCGAAAGGUCGGGCCUAGAACUGGUUACAUAUAUCAAAGAAGCCAAUCUUCCGUGUGCAGAGAGGAUGUCUGCGAUGGGCGGGCAUAACAAUCAAUGGCUUCGCUUGUUCGGCAAUCGCAGGUCGAAGACCCUACGCAAUCGUGCUAUGUCGUGGCGAGGGUUUCGCUCUUGGCUUCAGGUCUCGCAGGGCAAGGUUUGGCCGGAUGAGGUGGGGUCUUUCUUGAAGUACCUUGAAGAGCGGCGCGAGGUACAGCCAUUGGCAAAGACUGUACCGGGGGGGCUCCUGUCUUCCCUUUCUUUGCUAGAGAGUGUUCCGAGCUCUGACAGGUACAGCCACGACAGCUUGCUUAUUGAGAGUGUUAGGUCAUGGCAAGCGGAGCUGGAGGCCGGUUCAUUGCCGGUAAAGCAAGCCCCUAUGUAUACGGUUGCAAUCAUGCUGGCGUGCGAGCUGGUGGUGCGGAAGAGUAGCAUUGCAGUGGGCUAUCGUGUCAUGGCCUUCAUUCUCUUGGUUAUGAUCUGGGGAACCCUGAGAGCGGAUGAUGUGCAGAACAUCGAUCCGGCCAGCCUACGGCUAUCAAGAGUGGGUCUGCACUUCGCCUUAGGGCGGACGAAGACAUCGGGACCGGGGCGUCGUGUUGGCACUCUCCCCGGCUUCAUCUCGCUCACCACGGGGCUAUCGGGACUUGAUUGGAUGUCUGAGGGCAUGCGCCUCUUGAACACGGAGGAUUUCGGUUGGCCUAGGGAUUACUUGUGUCCUCAUUUCAAUACAAACUGGGAGGACUGUGAUAGGGAAUUCAUGGAUGCCGAGGGCCUUUCGCUUCAGAUACGCCGCUUCCUCAGUGAGCUGCGGACACCUUUCAGGCAUGAGGGACGCUGGGGCCUGAGUCGUGCGCUGCUCAUUCCAGGGGCGAUGGUGCGUUAUUGGACAGGCCAUUCAGGCAGGCACACAUUGCCCAGCCUGUCCGCAGCUAUAGAAGUGGGAAAGGAGAAGCGGGAUUCCUUGGGGCGUUGGGCCUACUCUCAGCAUGGGUCCCAGGACUACGUUCUGACCGCGAGACAAGUGGUUCAUGGUGUGCAGAAUCAUGUCUGCAAGACCCUUCUUGAAGGCAGUGACUCCGGUGGGUACGUGGAGGAAGAAACCCUCAGUGACCUGGAGGCUUUCGCGAGGGCCAACAACGUGGAUCUUGAUUUCUUGGAGGGACAUCGUGUUUUAAAGUGGGAUAGAGAUAUGAAGAGUUGGAAGCUCGGAGGAGCCUUCCCGGCUUGCGCCGGCGUGCUUGGUAGUGAUGCUGAAGCCUUUGGAGACUUGGAUGCCAAGGUCAAGGAGCCGUUCUUGGUGCUGGAGCCUGAUAAGGUGGAGCUGAACAUGGAGCCGGUGGAUCAGCAGGCUGAAGCAAGGGUGAUGGGAGUCGUCCGGCCCGUCACGCAGACCGAGAAACAAGCAAUGCGCAGCGCCUUCGAGCAAGCCUACGGUAGCAUUGAAGAAACGGUGGAACCCUCCGAUGAUUACAUUUCUUCACAGACUGAGGAGAUAGAGAGUGGGGAAGUGCUGGCCUCGGUUCUCUCUGAGGUCACGUCGAAACGGAGUGCUCGUACAAUGGGCAUCCAGACCACCGUGGACACCACGGGCCAUGUGAUUGAGGGAAACAUGUGGUGCUUCUUGAGCACCAAAUACAAGAACAAGGUCUUCUUCCAGGGGAUGACACCCGAGAUCUGGCUGACCUACGCCAACUACCUGCUAGGCGACAAGUGCUAUCUUAUGCAGGUGAUGAAAGAUUUUCAGUUGAAAGAACAGUACUUUACGGCCCCCAUCGCCCUCUCGGCCCGGGACUCAUCUCCUUGGAAGAGGCAGCAGUUCUGGGAUCAGGACGACAACAACAAGUGGCAGAAGAAUGACGGCAAAGGCCCAUGGAAGGGAAAGGGAAAGAAUGGAAAGGGUAAGAAGGGCGAGAAGGGCGACAAGGGCAACAAAGGCGGUGGCAAGUCGGAGGGCAAGUCUGGCAAGGGCACUACGGGCCGUACCGCAGACGGCCGAUUGAUAUGUUACGCCUACAACAAUGAAGGAUGCGACGGGAAGUGCGGCAUGGUGCAUUGCUGCCAGGUCCGUGGCUGUUAUGGACCGCACCCAACGUGGAAGCAUUGGCAGGAUUACUUUGCCAAGCUCACGGAUAAGACGAAGUCUGGGGAUAUCCGCUCCUUCUUGACGCAACUGGUGACUGCUGAAGGCUAUCAUCUUGUUAUGAGGGAGAUUGAUAUCAAGCGAGAUGCGACUCUGGACUUACUUGCUCCGGCCGUUUGGGAAAACAUCUUUUCCGAGAUCACUAAUGGUGACUGGGAUGUGGUCAUGCUUUCGCCCCCUUGCUCCACAUGGAGCCGGGCGCGCUUUCGGUAUUCAGGCAAAUUCGGUGCAAAGCCGCUGCCGCUGCGCAACUCAACUUACGUUUGGGGGUUUCCUUGGUUGGAGUCCAGCCAGCGAGAGCCGGCCGACCGCGGUAAUUUCUUCAUUCAGCAGUGCAUUCGCGUGGUGCAGUUGCAAACAGCAGCUGGGAAGUUUUUCUUGUGGGAACAUCCUGAGGAUCUUGGGCUCACACGCAACGGUGAGUCUCCUGCAAGCAUUUGGCAAAUUUCCGAUGUGCGUUCUUUGAUCUCUUCAGCCGGCUCUACUUGGGCAGUGCAUCAGUGUGAGUUGGGCGGCAGCACGGCCAAGCCCACGAGGCUGCUUUCAAACUUGCCUGCUGCCAUGCCUUUGCAUAUGGGAUGGCCAAGAUUUCUUCCGGAUGGACAAUAUGAUGGACCCUUAGGGCGCUGCAAGCAUGGAUGGCACGAGCCACUGAUAGGUUGGCAGGAGGGAGAAUAUCGUACUUCAGGUGCCGAGGCGUAUCCGCCCCCACUGUGCAAAUAUUUUGCCAGGCUCUUGGUCAGUCCACUGCGUGUGCUCUCUAGUACGGACACCCUGCCGGCUUUCAACUUGCCCACGGCAGAGGAGAUUGCAGCCAUGUUGCCUCUUGAAAGCGUUAGCGUUCAGGAUGCCGCUUCCUUGGUGCCACUGCUGGAUCUAGAGGAGCCUCACUUGGCCGCGGGCACCCACAAAGGUGGGGCCUUCUUCGCCGGGGCAUAUGCUAAGGGCGGGCUCGUUGGGCUUCGCAAGGCCUGCCAACAGCAGCCUCAUUGCACCAAGGUCUUUGCGCAUCUUUUGGCCCGCCUCUUUCCGGGCUUUCAUUUUACAUCCUUGGCAGUGUUCGUGAAUGUUCAGACAGCAAUGCAUCGUGACGUGCAUAACGCCCCCUACCCCAAUAUAAUCGUGGCACUCAGUGACUUCAAGAAUGGGCAAAUCUGGCAGGAGGACCCUUCCGGGCCAGUGUGGCGACAGGUCCAGGGCUCCGACAGGAAAGGUAGCAGCGUCAGGCGAAACAGCAGCUCGCAGUUCUCAGGUCUUGUGGUGGUGUCAGAUACAGAGUCAGAGCCUGAGGGCUUGCAGCGUAUCAUUCGCAACUUUGUGAUUUCGGAGCUUGAGGAUGUUAAGCUGAUGACAUUUAAGCUGGCGGCCGGUCGGAUAGAGUCAUCCCCUUUCAAACCUGAGGCGAUGCAGCGGCUUCGGGAAGAGCUGGCAUCUAUGACGCCGGAUCCCAAGUUGUCUUUAGUGGUGCCUGAGAGACAGCCGUUUUACUUGCAUCUUCUGUCCCAAUCCCUUCGGGAGCUUGGGGAUCCGGACUGGUCCAUCUUGACGCAGGGUGAGGAGUGCUUUGCGCGAGGUGUGGCUCUGGGGGAUGAGAAGCCGCUCGAGCGAGUUCCCCAAGUCUUCCGCGAGAGAACUAAGGAGAGACAUCUUGAUGAGAGUGCUUACAAUCCGGACAUGGAAAAUUAUUCCUCAGCUGAGCUCUCGGGCGAUCAGCUGGAAGCACACUUCCGCAAAGAAGAGGAACUGGGAAGGAUGGUGCCUAGCACGGAGUCCGCGAUUGCCGAGGAGUACGGCCCAGGCCGCCUUUUGAUCAGUGCGAUGGGUGCAAUUGAGAAGUCGAAUGGGGACAUCCGCCCCAUCCACGACGGAACACAUGGAGUGCAUCUUAACAAUUCCAUCAAGAUCUUGGAUCGGCUUGAAGUCCCGGGGCCAGAUGAAAUUCUCGAAUGUGUUGCAGUCGCGCAGGAGACGCGCGAGGCCGUGUUUGGCAUCUCAGCCGACAUAUCUCAGCGCACCGCUUAG